AUGACAUCGCUUCCGGGCUCAUUUCUUUAUAUUCUACCUUUGAUCUCAUUCGCGUCGGCAUUGCAUUCUCAUUUACCGGCAUCAAUAUCAUCGACUGGCCUACGAUUGGCGACAAGAGCAUCAUCAAGCACCAAGCAGAAUAAUGCUGUCGGCAAUGUAGUAGAUAUUACCGCCCCGAGGGAUGUAUCAUCACUGGGCGAAUGGGCAAGCAACUGGGGUGUCCAGGCGGCAGAUUGCUUUCAGCUUGAUAGUGACAAUGACGCUGAUGUAUAUGCAAUUACCAAUCAGGAUCUACCAGAAAACAGUCCUGUUCUUUAUAUACCAAACGAACUCAUCCUGACGGGAAGCAAGGCAAGACUGGAAAUGGGAGAAAUGUCCUAUGGAGCCGAACAAAUGCUAAUGAACUCUGAAGCAUCAAACCGGAUAUCACAGUUCUAUCUCUUCCUGAAAGUCCUGAAGGAAUACGAGCUUGGGGAGGAAAGUGUGUAUCUUCCAUGGUUGAACUCGUUGCCUAGGUUUUUUUCGAAUGGUGCAUCUAUGACUGACUUUUGCUACGGCUGUCUACCGCCAUAUGCCGCUGAAGUUUCACUGACGGAAAAACGAAGUUUGCGUCAUUUUGUCGAGGCACUCAGGGAGGUUCCAUUCCUUAGCUCUGAAAGUAAAAGCAAUCAGGAGUUGACAACAUGGGCGUUUUCGGUUGUUCACACCCGAUAUUUCACCAUGCCAGGUGGAGAUAUGUGUAUCGUUCCUUUGGCCGACUUUUUCAAUCACCAUGGCAGUGAAGACGUUUCCAUAUCGUAUGACGACAACGGCAAUUGUUACGCCUAUUCAACACGUGAUGUGCCUGCUGGGCAACCGCUGAGAAUAUGUUAUGGAGAUCCGACAAAUCCAUCCAAUUUAUUGGCCAGAUACGGAUUUCUUGAUGAGUCAUCUCCGGCCACGUUUUGUAAAUUUACCAUCAAGAAUCCUUCACAGGAGCAUAUCAAUAUGGGUUACGAUGAAUCACGAAUGCUCUUCUAUAACGAUGGUAGCAUAUCCCAAGAGGUGUGGGACGUACUUCUGUUUCAAGAACUUGCCCAGGUGAGUCCCGACGAUCAGCAGCUUUUCUACAAUGCUCACAUGAAUAAUGAUGAAGCGUUGAAGCGAAAAUACCACGAGCUAUAUUUUCCUCAGACGCUUUCUGCACUGCGGAAUCAUGUUGACUUCCUCUUGAACGAGUUGGAAGAGUUGGGGAUGGGCUUAGAAACCCAAAUGGAUCAGGGGCUAGAUCCAUGGCGGUAUCCAAGACUGGACCUCAUCUUGAGACACAAUGAGUUUGUGAAAAACACGUUUGAGCUCGUCCAACAGAAUCUUCAUAACAUGUCUUCUUGA